AUGGUCGAGCUACCCGAGAAUCACCCAGAGGUAUAUGCUGAAUUUAUGAAGGGAAACUUUGUGGUACAAAAGUCUGCUAAAAAAUUCAGCCUGAUCAUGAUCACCAAAGAUCAAGCACACAAACAGUCCAACAAAAGCCUACAGGCACAUGGCGGAGCUGCUGGACUCUAUGAGAAUCCAGAGGCCCUUGCACUGUUCAUAUUGGCCGGGCCUGAUUGUGCGCGGAUAGUUGAAGAAUUUGAAGCCGUCUACGACCCACCACCUUCAUCCACUGCUUAUCACGAAGGGCACAGCUUGCAAGUCAAGUUUUGCAAGGAUGUACAAUCGUUUGUCGACGUGGUAGUGCACACGGGAAACCCAUUCAUUGCCACAUGUCAGGAACUUGUUGGACUCGAUACACAGAAUGUCAUGGAACAGGUCGUUGUGACUUCUCUAUCUCAAAUCCAUGCAGUGGGCCAAGCCAUUCACGCAGCAUAUGUCGUGGAAAGGCUGGAAAAAGGAUUCAGUACCAAUAUCCGAUACCAUCAAGCGGAACUACAUGUUCACCUUCGCCAACCUACCUGACCUCAAGAGAAAAGGCAAGAAGGACAAUUGCACACAGAAGCAGAACAUGACGUUGAUAACGCAACUUGUCCUUUCACUUCAGUCGUGUCCUGAUGCCGACAUGAUGGACUUCUUCCACUUCGAAAAUCAAAGAGAACCACCGAGCCUAGCUGAUCAAGGGUCACUGCGAGCUGGGACAAAGUCUGACGUACUCGAAUGCCUCAAUGCGCCGACUGGCCGUGCAUCUGCUGCAACACAAGCCACGGUCGUAGUGUUGGAUAUGGUGGCAGUGAUCCACAUGGCCAAGACAUUUAACGAAUAUGUGUCACUCAACAUCAUACCAUUUUUGGAGGCCCAAAUGAAGAAUAGUACCCAACGCAUCGACGCUGUAUGGGAUAAUUACCCAGAGGAAAAUAACCUUAAAGCCCUCACUCAACAACGACGCGGAAAUGGCCCACGGACAAGAGUCGGCGAUGGCAGCACUCCAAUCCUGAAGCGUGAAUGGAAUAGUGGCUUUCUCAAGAAUGUGGGGAACAAAAAGGAGCUGUUCUCAUUCAUCAGCACACAGAUCUCGAAGAUUGACAUGGGCGGGAAGCUUCUGCUAUAA